AAAGAGACACUGCUGAAUGAAUAUAAGACAAAGGACAAGGCCAAUAAGUUCAUAGACCGACACUUUGGUGAAUAUGACACCAACAUGGACCCAGAGGAGAGAGGUUUUCAAUGGAGAGACAAGAAGGACAUGUGCAACCUGAAUGAGGAGGAGUUGACCCACACCGACCAGUCUCUGUCUGAGAUGGAGAAACUCAACGACUUGGUAGACAGUGAUGAUGAAGCCGAUGAGAAAGGAAUCCUCUCAGCCAAGCUGACUGCGUCCCACUUCGGAGGAGGCCUACUGAGAAGGAAGACCCCAGGAGAGAAGGACGAUAAGGGGAACCACAAAGCCAAGUCCAGACAGCAACUCCUCGAGGAGCUCAUCCUCAAGUCCAAACAGGAAAAGGAUGGGAAGUUGAACAUCAAGAAGGAGGAGGAAGAGAUGGAGGGGGGUGACGAUGAAGAGGGAGGUGAAGAGGAGGAACCUGAGGAGGAGGAGGAUAGCCACUCAGACCUGGACUCUGAUCAGGAAAGCAAGGGAGGAGAGCAUGAGGAAGGCCUGCUCCAGGGCCAUCCUGCUGACCACCAGUGUAUCGUCCUGGCCAGGAAGCAGAAGUCUAACCACCCCAGUCUGGCUAUGGGCAACAAACUCCAACUACAGCUGUUUCCUGAAGCUGCCUCCAAGGCGACGCAGACGGCCCUGGGAGAGAACGCUCACAGCUUGGAGGAGGUACUGGAGGUCAAGGGUCGGGCCGUCUUCCCUCGCCUCGAUAUGAUAAUUUACCUGAAGAUAACAGCGCUGCUGUUCCCCACCUCAGACUUCCGUCACCACCCCAGCCCUACUUUUAAUUUCGAAGUUGUCUUUGUUACAUAUAGAGGAUGUGACAUCAGGCCUGGGGUGCUGUGCUGCCUGACUGUAGAGUACCUCCUUCUCCAAGAUGAGCUCAGGACAGAACCUCAACUUCCUGUUGGGUGUACUACAGCUGGCCAUGCCAGACAAGACCUCUACAGGCUGUCUUUGGCCACUUGUCUGGACCUGCUGAAGUGCUGCUCCUCACUCUACAGAGAACUCACUUCCUGUAGCCACAUCUUCCAGCCAAUCAGCAUACUGCUCUCCAAACACCGGCGUGUCAAAAUGUGCCCUACAGCCUUACAGGAGGAUCAUGGAGAAGUCCUUGGGGCCAUAUCCGGCUCCAAGACAUCACAUCCUCCCCUGGUCUUUGAGAAGAAGAAACCCAUUCCUCCUGAACUGCUCACACCAAAGAUUGUGGAAGUACUGGACUAUGGGAAGAAGCGAGGGAACAUGAAGGAGGAGAAGGAGAGGUUAAACCACAAGUAUCAGAAGGAGUUUAAGGGAGCUCUGACCGAGAUCCGUAAAGACACCAGCUUCCUGGCCCCAGAGAAACUCAGAGAGGUCAUGGGCAGGUCUGUGGAUGCGAAGAGGAAGGUGAAGGAGCUGUUUGGCAGUCUGGCCACUCAGGAGGGAGAGUGGAAGGCUCUGAUUCACAACUGAAGAUGAGGAGGAGGAACAGCAGACACUGAUCUAUUCAUAACUGAAGAGGAGGAGGAGGAACAGCAGACACUGAUCUAUUCAUAACUGAAGAGGAGGAGGAGGAACAGUAGACACUGAUCUAUUCAUAACUGAAGAGAGGAGGAGGAACAGCAGACACUGAUCUAUUCAUAACUGAAGAGGAGGAGGAACAGCAGACACUGA